AUGUCUAGCUCCAUGGAACCGAGGCCUCUCACCUCGGCUAUGGAGAGCCCGACGUUUGAAGAAGACAGCUCCUUUCAUGUAGAGCAACCGGUGGGUUCUAUGUCAAUAUCCCCCUGUGGACGCGAUGUCGUUUUAGCGUCCAAAGAGGGUCUACAUGUCAUCGACCUGGACUCGCCAUAUUCCCCGCCGCGAUAUCUCCCCCAUCACACACCAUGGGAGGUAGCUGAUGUCCAGUGGUCGCCAUUCGCUGCACGCGAUCAGUGGGUUGUCAGUACAUCCAAUCAGAAAGCGUUGGUCUGGAAUUUGGCCAUGAAGACAUGGCAGAACUCCAUCGAAAUUGUGCUUCACGCCCAUUCUCGAGCAAUUACGGAUAUAAAUUUUUCGGCGUUCCAUCCAGAUGUCCUAGCGACCUGUUCCGUGGACAGCUUUGUUCACUGCUGGGAUUUACGUGCUCCGUCGCGACCAGCCGUCUCAUUCUCGGAUUGGUUUACUGGUGCAACCCAGGUGAAAUGGAAUCGACAAGACCCUCAUGUCAUUGCAAGCUCUCAUGACCGGUUCCUUCGGAUUUGGGACGACCGCAUGGGUGCAUAUCCAAUCAAAUCGAUUGAAGCACACAACACCAAGAUAUAUGGAGUUGACUGGAAUCGUGUUCGGCGCGGUGCUCUAGUUACUUGUUCCUUAGAUAGAACUAUCAAGUUCUGGGACUACACCACCGAUUCAGAUGUUCCAGAGAAGCAGAUUCACACACCAUUCCCCGUGUGGCGUGCACGCAAUACACCGUUUGGAUGGGGUAUGCUCGCAAUGCCGCAGAGAGGCAACAAUGAUCUUCACCUUUACAGCCGGCGAGCCGGAGAGGGUUCAAAUCCAGAGGACGACUUGCCUUUGGUACAUACUUUUCCUGGACAUAAGGGACAAGUCAAAGAGUUCUUGUGGAGACCACGCGGAGGGGUAGCGGAUGGAAUUGACCAUCGCGAAUAUCAACUUGUUACAUGGGGAGCAGACAGGGAGCUUCGUCUGCACAAAGUUGACCCUGAGAUUCUGGCGCGUGUCGGGUACGAAAAGGGAAAGUCCUUUAUUUCGACACGAACUGUGACACGGCUUGGUGCCGUAUAUCGGAGUUUCCGUGAUGUGAAUUCAGAUUUGGAUCUUGAUGACGUCGACGUGGCUUCCUCUGUUGGGCAUCAGAACCAAAAUACUGCAGCAGGUACUGGGAUGAACGCCAUUACUGUUCCUCACGCUCGGGGUUGGAUCAAGGGAGGCCAUGUUGAUCGAGUUGGCAUGCAACCGAGGUCAAAUUUAAGAGCCGACACAAAUCCGAUUGCUUGGAUGCGCGGUGUGAAGAUCUCCGGCUGGGACAUUGAGACAUUAGGGGAUGAAAUCAGCCAGGUCGGUGAAAAGUUUACUAAGGUAGCAUUUGAUUCAGUUGAUGUGCGACAAAGAAAGAUUUCCAUCUCUCUCAACGGGCCCUGGGGUGCGGAUGGGGCCUCCUUGUUCUUGAAAGUUGAUAUCAAGUUUCCAAUGAGCUACCCCAAGACUGCUAUCCCGACCUUUGCAUUCCAAAAGACCGCAGCCGUCACAGAUGAGUGGGCUGCGAAGACUACUGCUGAACUGCGCACAAUUGCUGAAACCUAUAUGUCCCGAAAUCGAGGUCCCCCUAUCAAUGGUGAACUGGAAGGUGAAUCCAGCGACGAGGAUGAAGUUGGCAUGACUCAGAGCCAAGAGCUGGGGAUGAGUUCUGAGCUACUUCGCCCUGUCAAUGCCAACGUCAUGGUGCCUGUGGCCAAAGCAUGCGGGGCGCUUUGGGCAAAUGACGGCCGCCUCAUAUGCUUCUUCCCACCGAAACAAAAGAAGGAUAAAUCAGCCGAGUUGUUUGAGAACAUGGGCUUCAAAGAGAUGACUCGCUGGUCUAGAGGCGAUAAAGUUUUUGAAGGCUUCGGCCGGUUACAUACCAACUCACCCGGUCCACGCGGAAUGGGAACGAUAACAAGCACAGAUGAUGGUGCCUCGGACGAUUCAGACGACUCGUACUCAGACACAUCGAGCUCUUCAGGCUCCUCUGACGUUCUUUCUGGGCUACCGACACGUUUCCCAGCACCUCAGACAUGGCGCAGUGCCGGCAGCUAUGGCAUCCACCGGCCCCGAUCAACAGAUAAUUCUCAGCGAUCGACUGGAGGUGGAGCGACAGUGAAAUCAGAGGCACCCCAGAAUAUCGUAUCUAUCCAUGACCUGAGUGAUAUAUUACCAGUCAAGCGGGAGUUGGCGAGUCAAUAUCGCAUUUGUGGCAAAGGAACAGAUGUAUGUGCCCAUAACGCGGCUGUUGCCCUUGACGCUGGCUGCUACGAAUUGGCCCAAAUCUGGGGUCUGAUCAAGUUGAUAUUGCAUGUCCGGAAAAGCCCUGGCACUUUGCCUGAGUCAGGGCCGUUGCAAAGGCGUAUACAGAGAAAAGGCAGCAGAAUUGGCAGUCUGGGGAGAGAUGGGCUUUAUAGAGACUUAACGGGCAGCAUUAUUCGCUGGGGCGACCACCCACUUGGCAGUCAUUGGCUUGUCCCUGCUCUCUUCGAACACUUUGAGCGCAUUGGUGAUGUGCAAAUGGUGGCAAUGCUCUCAUGUGUACUGCUGGAAGCCAAUCAAGAGGGUUAUUUGGAGAGCCAGCAAGCCAAAAAGACACCGGGGAAACAUGAUUUCCCAUCGGAUUUCUCCCCUGUCUCGUCAGCAAUUCCAACCAAGCCACCAGUUGCGACGCCGGCUUCAUCUGUCCCCAAAGAGGUCCAGGCUAUGCCCGCACCACAGACAUCAGCACGCUCGUCAAGCACUACGCCUCCAUUUAUGUCUCGUCCGCGAGGCAUUGCUGCUGACCGAAAAACUCCGAGCCAAAAUGUCUCCAUGGCUGCAUCGCCCGACCAGCAAUUCCAGACACGAAGUGGAUCUGGGUUUGGAUCGGUGUUGGCAUCCUCCCUAUCUCGUUCAUUUACAUUCGGACCGUCAUCUGCGUCACCACCGACAAGUAGGUUGGACAAGAAAAAGCCGACUCCUCAAAACAGCCCAGGUGUAGCAACCGGACAAGUGUCGCAAGCUCAAUCCGACACUGAAAGCGAUCACGCACCCGAACCUACACCACCCGCAAGAUUUAAGGUCACAUACAAGAAUCAAAGUGCAUUCGAAAGCGAUGGACCAGCGCAAGACUCUUUUCUUGACAAAGAUGAGGAGCUUUUGUAUAGAUCAUACCGCGUCGCUUAUGCCAAUCUAUUGUCGAUUUGGGACCUCCCCGUUCAACAAAGCGAGGUGAUAAAGAUUGGAGCUGUGGCUGAUCGAGUGGACGACCUGACCUCGAGCCAUUACUGGAACAGCACCAGCUCCAAAGAGAGCGCGUUGAAAGACCCACACCCGGAGUCAGACUCCCAAGCUCUUGACUUCCAGCGUCAUUGCGCCAGCUGCGGCCACGCGUUGCAGCUCUCCAUCUUCAAUAAAGAACCCCUAGCCCCGAAUACCCCUCCAAGCGGCACCAGCGCAAACCAUCAGGCCGCCGAUGCCCUAACUGCAAGCCCCGGCAGCCACUGCCAACCAAACUACCUUGCGUCAUCUGCGGCGAGGUGUUGUUUCGACUGCCAUCGGCUCUGGUUCCUUCGACCGGCCGACAAAUUCGACAGCCCAUUCGACCACGCAGACCGGAACAAGUUCCUUCCGACCUGUCCAACAGGAUGCGGCUGCCAAUGCUCUGAGCAUAUUGCCGUUGAUGUCCCCAUGCCUUUGUUGGAACCGCCAUCCCCUGGUUUUAAGUACGCACCCAUCACGCAGCACAGCCUUGUACGGGCGAAACACUCUCAUCGUCGACAAUCUGAGCCUGUUGUGUCGACUCCGACCCGAAAAGAGGAACCGCGCCCCAAGGACGUUGGCCAACUUGAUCAUGAUCUGGAUGUGUGGCAGGAUUCGUCGCCGUUUGCAUCUCUGGCGCGUGGUCUCGGCGGUGGGCUGAGUCGUGGCUUGCGGACGAAAGAAGAUCGGAAGAAGAAUAAAUCUGUCACCCUGGCAUCGAAUUUGAGGAAUUCUUGA